CCUCCUCCCACCAUGCACGAUCUUUUGCAGCCAUCCGCGCUGGAGAAGUUGCCGGCUGACAUCAAGGCCGCUGCCAACGUGGUUGCCUUGCCAAAUGCUCGCCCCACCGAUUUUGACCCUAUUGCUGCCUUCCUGCGAUCUGAAGCGGAGGAGACCACCAAAAUACACAUCCUGCCUGCGCUUUUCGCGUUGCUAGACCCUGCACGCAUCACAGAUAAACCAAAUCCCGACCAUAUCUUUCUUGCGUGGGCGGCGCUCCGGGAAUUCGUGCAUCUCGGCGUGUCUGCUGUCCCUGCUGCGAAAGACCUCUGGACGGCCAAUAUUGGAUGGCUGCGCUUUCUCUAUGCAGAUCCGGUCUCUCUAGCGGCUUUCAUGGACAACAGGAAAGAGCCCAUCGGGCCGGCACUCGACAAAGUCGUGAUGUCCCUGCUCUUCUCUCUCAUUCCCCCCUUCCCUUAUGAUGGCGCCGACCACGAAGCUUUCGAACUGCUCUCCGUACCUGGCUCCAUCAAGCUCAUCUUCCGUGCCUGGGCUCGCAUCUUCCAGAAGCCCAAUGGACCUGAAGCCGAAAGCAAAGAGCGUGCACGGGCUGGCUACGCGCUUUUCGCGGUCCUCACCAGCCGGGCGGUCACUUCACGGGAGGGAUUCCAACAAGCCGUCGAAGGAGCCGGUGGCACACUGGAGAAGUUAGGGCAGGCACUUUACUAUCAUCUCGACUCUGCGCGGCACCAGCUGCAGGACAGUGUCGCUGAUGCAGACACGUUCCUGACUACCCUAUCUGCGGCGCGCAUACGUGGUGCUCUCCACUUCAUACGCAGCACCGACCCUGUUGUCCGCGACCUUCCCCUGCAGCCCAACCCGUUACUCAACGCAAUGCUCGAGCUCGGUCUUGUGCCCCUGCUGUGCAGCAUUAUGUACACGUAUUCCACUGUGCCCAAUCCCGAAGACCAGAUCAUCAAAGCAAUAGCCGGUCCCGCGUUGAACCUCCUCUCAUUCAUCGUCUCGUUCCCCCCGGGGCAUCACCACAUCCCCGAAAUGCUCCGCCAUCGUUUUUUCGACGCGCUCGUCAAUCUGGCGCCGGCGGACUUCCACACCAGCACGGCCGAGGACCGCUACAUGCUCACGAGCUUCUUCACCUCCAUUCUUCCCGCUGCGCUGAUCAGAACGAGUGUCCUGGAGGUCCUCGCAGACGUUCUUCCCGGAUUGGCUUCCGCCGUCGCAAACGACGCAUUCAAGCAAACUCCAUUCUUCAAGACCUGUUGGAAGGCUUUCGCCCGCGUUGCGACGGAGCGUCUCGCGCUGUUCGAACGUUUUCGUGCUGGGGACUUUCCAGUCCAGAAGAUGUGCGAUAACUUGGAGUGCGCUCGUGUUGGGCCGGAAGCGGACUUCAAACGCUGCUCGGGCUGCCGUGUACUCGUCUACUGCUCCGAGGCAUGCCAGAAGGCCGACUGGCGCGACAGCGGGCACAAACGUGGGUGUGCUGCCCUGCGCCAAUACCAUGAACAUGAUGCGGCACUCGACCUUACGCCCACCGACAGGGACUUCCUACGCGUCCUGAUGGACACUGACUACCGCACGAGCAGCCUGCGUGCGAUCGCUUCCCAGCCCGGCGGGACCACACUCUAUAGAUACGGCGAGCGGCCCGGCCGCAUCGAGCAGCCCUCGGCGCCACCCUGCGGAGUAAUCGAACUUUUUGGCUCGGAGGCAGCGGCCCGCGAGGUCAUCCGCCGGCUGGCACUUGGCCAGGGCAAGAUUUCCCUCGAUGUUGCGGAAUUCUGGUCUGGCCUAAACCCGUUGUUCAUGCUGGCGCUCCGGCACACCCAGUUGCCUGGUGAUGGGUUUCAUUGA